GGGUCCUCUGGAAUGCUUGGAGGGAUGGAGGAGCUCCAAGGGGGAGUGCCACGGGAACAAGCCUAUAUAUACAUCCCAACCCUGGGUGCUCACUGCUCAAAGGCACAGCUGGUCUCUGGUUGAAACUGGAGUGCACCCCUCUGUUGAACUAGAGGCACUCCUGAACAUUGGGAAGUGAAAGUGCACCCUGUGCAAGUGGGAAUCAUGAGCCGUGUGGAAGAAUGGGUGCUGCAGAACAAGGACAAAAUUGAGAAAGGGGUGGAGAUAAUGGGCCAAGGCUGUGAGGUUCUGGCAGCCACGGUGGGCCAACUCCACCCCAUUCUAGAGGCCGUGUUUAUGGCCUCUGCAGAGCUCCUCAAUAAUCCAGAGGGAAAGGAGGCUAAGUACCUGGCCGCACAGUUCGAGAAGGUGAACCAGAAAUUGGAGAGCAUCCAGGAUGAGGUUGACCGCAUUGCACUGGAGAUGCAGCGCACCUCCCUGAACAAGCAGAACUUUGACCGUGAGGCACAGAUGAUCAGCCAGUAUGAGAAGUUCCAGGACUUUGUCAUUGCCAAGCCCAAAUUCAAGGAUAAGAAGAAGGACAAGUUUCUCAGCCACUUUGAGAACACAGAGGGAGACCUGAACCUGGAUGCCCUGUACAAUGCAGUCACUGGAGAAAACACCUCGGGGGACCCUAUGCUGGAGACAGUGGUGGCUACAGAGCAGAGGAGCCGUCGAGCUGUGGAGGAGUUCUGUGCCCGACUGAAGAAGCUGUUUAUUGUGGGAAUCAUAGCAGUCAUGGGCCAUGCGGCCCUGAAGGAUGGAAAUGUUGGGGAAGACAUGGUGAAGAAGUGGCAGGGGCGAAUGGAAGAUGUGGAGAUCCGUAUGAAGGCAGCAGUGGAUGACUGCACAGAGAACUUUGCCAUCCAGGCAAAGGAGGAUAUAGAACACCUCCUCCAAGAAAAGCAAGGAGCAAGUAUUGAGCCAAACUUCACCCAGUCGCUCUUGGACUUCCUUGCUAAAAAGUAUGAUUGGGUUUCCUGGUCUCUCCGGGUCUUCAGCCAUAGUGGGUUGUUUUUCUGGAACUGGCUGGCUGGCAAGAAGUACCACGGCCGAGGUGGUGGUGGCAACUUCUUUGACCUCCUGACAAAGAACAACAUCAGGGUGGUGAUCUCUUUCAGUGUUGAGCCCAAGCCCAUCAACAAGAGCCAGGUCCAAGAGCUGAUAGAGGGGCAAAAGCUUAAGGGAAACAUGGUGUCUGUGGCCCAGACCCUCUGUAAUGGCCUACCAAAUUGUGUGGUGCAUGCUGUCAGUCGAUACAAGGAUGUAGUGGAGUCCAACAACUUCCCAGAGGAGUGUUACUACUUCGGGAAACAUAAAAAGGCAUACCUAUGUGUUCACUCAGAAUAGCCAUUUGAUGCAGGAUCCAUCAAUCCAAUACUUAUAGAAAUCAGUGCAGAAAUCACAGUUUUUUAGAAAUGUCUGUCAUUACACACUAAAAGUUCCCCAGAAAACAUAGCUGAUCUAGGGUAAGUGAGGAAAUUUUUUUGACUGGAUUUGACAGAUUUUCCUAGAUUUUGUUGAAAACCUUUUUUUACUCUAAGUUUUUGUCCUGGAUAUUUGCUUCUUAUCACUAUACAUAUGAAUAGAACAGAUUUCUGAAUUAUUAUUCUUUUUUUGCUGUUACAAGGGUGUGUGAACCUAAAUGGUACUCUCAUAAGCCAAAGAGAAAGUAAAUGAAUACUUGUUUUCGGUGUCUUUCAAUGCUUCCAAUGGAACUAUGGAUGUUGGUAUAUCCAUAAUAUAAAUGACAUUUAAAUAUUUAGAUACUGUAUAUGAAAUUGUCAUGGCUCAAGCUGCUGGCUUCUCAGAAGACAACCCUGCGCAUUUAAAUGUUGAAUAAUGUAGAAUAAAACAUUGCAUGGAUAAUGUGUCUUAAUUAGUUCAAACUGGUUUCAGAAUCAAUAUAUUUUUUACUUUGCAUAUGUUGUCAACAAUAAAAUCUCAAUUUAAAUAUA